CUCGGACUUAAUGUUCCCGGCUGCGAAUCAUUUAUAUUAUGAUGACUGACUGUAUUGAAUCAGGCCAAACUCUUUUCACUCCUUAUAUCAUAUGUCGUCUUCAUUUAAGAAAACAGCUUCCAUAUCUGAAACCACACAUUUCAAAUUGGCGGAUGCUACACAACUAUCAGCUACAGCCAGCAUCAGCUCAACCCAAAGGCCAUCGUCUACAUUAUCAUUAGCGGCUUCAAACACUAUAUCACCCACCAACUGCCAGCCUAAUGGCUGUACAGCCAUAUGCUCACCAACUUGCUCAAGCGAUCAAGUCUGUUCACUAACAGUCAUGCAAAGUUGUGGACAGUGCCCACCUUCCCAAUGUAUCAACAAAUCUGCAAUCGAUCUACCCAAUGCAUCAAAAUCUCCCAAUAUAUCAGCUUCGCAAUCCCCAGGGACCAAUAUCGGCUUAAUAGUGGGAUUAACAGUAGGACUAGGUGGAGGCUUAGUUUUGUUGAUUGUCCUGUUUCUCUGUUGGCGCAGAAGGCAAAAAAAGCAAUCUGAGAAGAACGCAUUGAUCCUUCCUACCAAUAUAAGUGAUAUCAGUGGUCCUCAACCCACUUUAUCAAGCCAUUCUGCCCAGAAUCAGGACCCAGAAGCCAUUGGCUCCGCUUAUAAUUCUACUGAGAAGACUCCAGUGAUACCCAAUGAAAACAAAGUUACACCUAGCAUCCAGACCCUUGAUCAACCCAAUAUCGCGCCGGCUGUUCCGACGGUGAAAAGCGAAGGAGGAAUUAGCCGAUCAUUGAGCUUGAAGACCAAACAGACUCAACUUCCCCAAGCCGCCGUUGUCCGUUCAUCAUCGAUGCGAGUCACAAGAAACGAAAUGAGGCGAAAAAGGUUAUCCGACAAUCCAUUUGAUGAUUUAGAAGAUGAAUCAAAGAUUGUGUUGCGUCGCGCAGUAUCAGUGAAGAAGAGUCAACGAUACCCGAGGUCAGGUCUUGAUACUGUCGACGACCCAGGGAGACGACCGCAAUCCGAACUCUAUGGCAGCGAGAGAGGUUCCGUCCAUAGCAUUUAUUCUGCAACACCCGCUAUUCAGGUAGUCCGUGCAAAGCCUGUAGUAGUUCGUGUGGAUUCUUUGAAAGGUCGGGAUGGUCGAGUGACUCGUAAGGCAUCACAGCGACGUCUCUCUUCCAGGCAAAGUAUAGCCGCACCAUCUCAAGUCACCUCAAUUACCAAUACCUCCAUCUCUCAAGAACAGCCAGCACCCGAUAGACACUCUAAAUCAGCCAAUACAGCAACCACGCAUUACACCGUCGAGUCUCAACCCUCGGAAGGCGAGAUUACCAUUCACUGGGACAAAAAGGCGAAUGUGCCGGAGACCGAUACAGUUCCAGCAUCAGACGCAUCCAAUGACUCGGAAAAGUCAUAGGGGUUCGACAGACAAUUUCAUGUUAAAUACAAGUGCAUACGACCCAAGGUCAAUUAAAAGAAAAACUCUGCUCCACUGGAUGGACAGAUUAUCAUUAUAAAGUAGUGUAAAUACGGAGCACCCAAGUGUAAUUCACAGCUAUGCAAUUGAGGGUUUAUAUUCAAUACUGCCUUGCUUGUAAACAGUUUAAAACAUAAAUUCGUGAUAUCGUUCGUCAA